AUGUCCGAACGCAAAGUCCUCACGAAAUACUACCCCCCCGACUUUGACCCCUCCCUAGUCGGACGCUCCCGCAAACCCAAAACCGACGCCCUCGCCCCCAAAGUCCAAACCGUCCGCCUCAUGGCCCCCUUCUCCCUACGCUGCGUCGCCUGCGGCGAAUACAUGUACCGCGGCCGCAAAUUCAACGCCCGCAAAGAAACCCCGCAAGGCGAACGCUACCUCGGCAUCCAGCUGUACCGCUUCUACAUCCGCUGCACGCGGUGUUCCGCCGAGAUUGUAUUCCGCACCGACCCGAAGAAUCAAGAUUAUGUGAUGGAGCGGGGCGCGAAGCGCAACACAGAUCCGUGGAAGCGCGGGUUGGAUGAUGGGGGGGAGGCGGAGGAGACGGAUGAGCAGAGGUUGGAUCGGUUGGAGAGGGAGAUGGCGGAGGAUGGGGAGGGCGGCGGGGCGGAAGAGAGGAAUGCGAUGGCGGAGUUGGAGGCCAAGACGGAGGAUGCGAAGAGGGAGAUGGCGGUGGCGGAUGCGUUGGAUGAGAUUCGGAGUCGGAAUGCGAGGUUGGCGAAGGCGCAGAGGGAGAGUGGGGGGGAGGUGUUGGAUGCGGUGGUCGCUGGGGUGGUGAGGCCUGAGGAGGAGGAGAGGAGGAGGCAGGAGGAGGAGGAUGCGGAGGCUGCGAGGAGGGCGUUUGCGGCUUUUGUUAGGAGGCAGGAGACUUUGGAGGAGAUUGUGGAGGAGGGGGAGGAUGAGGGGGUGAAAGAGGGGCAAGAGGGACAGAAUGGACAAAAUGGAGGGAGUAGGUCUUCGAACUCGGAUUCAAAGCCUCCAUCCUCGUCGGCCACGCCGGACGCGUUACCACCACCUCCGAGCUUUAAGCGGCAGGUCAAAAAGAAAAAGGACCAUGCGGCGUUGCUCGGCAUCAAGAAGAAGCAGCCCCUCGUUUGA